UCUAAUGCUGCCUUUAUUCCCAGAAGACAUGAUUGUAUACAUGGAAAACCCUAAGUCAUCUAAAGUAAAGCUACUACAAUUAAUAAGUAUGCAAAGUCACUAGAUAAAAGGAUCCAUACACAAAAUUUAGUUGUGUUUCCAUGUACCGGCAACGACUAAUCAAACGUGUAAGGAGUCCCGGUGAGCUUUGUGCGCAUGUGCGGGAGGUACGGGGGGCUUGGGGGGGCCUCGCCUGAGAGAGUGAGCUGAGAAAAUGGAGAUACAGUGUAUUACAAAAGGUGCCUUGUCCCUUGUCCAAGGACACAGAGCUGGUGGGAGGCAGAGCUGGAAUUUGCUCCAGAGCCUUAGUGCUGUAGGGCAGCUGCGGGAGGAGCUGCGAGACAGAGGUACAGAGGCUGCGGGGGCGGGGGCGCCCAGGGACGGGCAGAGCCGGGACUUGACUCCGUGGGACCCCAGGAGGGGGACGCUCUUUUCUCACCGCCCGAGUGAGUGCCGCCCCUCACUGAGACCUCUUCGCUCCCUCGGCCAUGCGGGGCAGGCCCGCCAUCCGGGAGGCCCAAUGGAGGUGACGAUGCCCGUGAAGCAGGAGGCCGAGGGCCUGGCGCCUGGCCGCCAGGGAGACCGCUUCCGGCGCUUCCGGCGCUUCCGCCUGGGCGACGCACCGCGGCCGCACUACACGCCGGGGCUGCUCUGCGCCCUGUGCCGGGACUGGCUGCGGCUCGAGGUGUGCGCGGAGGAGCAGAAGCUGGAGCUGCGGGUGCUGGAGCAGUUCCUGAGCGCGCUUCCCGCUGACACGCAGGCCUGGGUGUGCAGCCGGCAGCCGCAGCGCGGGAAGGAGGCGGUGGCCCUGCUGGAGGAGCUCUAGGUUCAAGUGAUCCUCCAACCUCUCCCCACCAAAAUGCUGAAAUUUGAGAUUUCAGAUCUGAGCUACCUUGCUUGGCCCAGAACAAUUUCGAAAAACGUAAGUAUCAACAUUGGAGGAAUUACAUAACCUGACUUCAAGACACUGUAAAACUGUAGUAUGAUAUUGUGAUAUUGGUGAAAGUAUAGAAUUACAGGCUGGGUGUGGUGGCUCAUGCCUGUAAUCCCAGCACUUUGGGAGGCCUAGGCAGGCAGAUCACGAGGUCGGGAGUU